AUGCAAAGCAGCGACAUUCAGACGGAAUUCUCGACGUCGUUGAGCAGUACCAGUAAAAGCGUGACAGACGUUCAAGGGCUUGCAGAGGACAAGAAAAAUGAGAAAAUCGACAAAUCUUCAAUUGCGGAAAAUUUGACGCAGUCAAGAGUUGUUACGCGGGAGUCGACGAUAAGAGCGGGCCAGGACAAGGACUCGAGAGAGCCAGAUGAAGAUGACAGCAAUGCGUCUGUGUGUCAGGACGAUAUCGCUGCGUCUCCACACACGUUAUUGACGUUUUGGCAAAAAUGUACCAUGGUGGCACUUUUGACGUCAUGCGGGUUUUGGUCCUCAUUGGGAUCUCCCAUUUACUAUCCAGCGCUUAAACAGCUUGAAAAAGUGUUCGACGUGGAUGAAGAGCUUGUCAAUGUUACGGUUGUGGUGUAUUUGGCGUUCCAAGGUAUCGCACCAAUUAUUAGUGGAGGUCUGGCUGACACUUACGGCCGCAGGCCGUUUAUAAUAGGUGGAAUGCUUGUUUACGUCGUUGCGUCGAUUGGGAUUGCGUGUUGUCAUUCAUAUGGAGCCAUUGUCGCUCUCAGGUGUUUGCAAAGUAUUGGAAUUUCGCCCAUUAUUGCAAUUAAUUCCGGUGUCGCGGGCGAUUUCACAGUGAAGUCUGAGCGCGGCACGUUUGUAGGCGCCGUUUCUGGUUUCACGUUACUGGGACAGGCGUUUGGAUCUUUGAUAGGUGCUGCUUUAACUGCUGCAUAUGACUGGAGGGCCAUUUUUUGGUUUUUGACCAUUGGUUGCGGUAGUUGUAUGGCCGUUAAUAUUGUCCUCCUGCCAGAAACGAAACGAACACUUGUCGGAAAUUUAUCAAUCAAGCCCAAGAGAAUGAUAAACAGAGCCGUCAUCACUUAUUUACCAAGCGUGCAGAAAAGACUCAAAUAUGAUAACCCUGAUUAUGAUACUUUGGAUGCGACAAAAAUGAGAUCGAACCCACUCUCAGCAUUGAAAAUUCUUGCACAUCCAGAAAUUACCCUUUCGUUACUACCUGCAGGUCUUCAAUUCGCUCUUUGGACUUUAAUGUUGACCUCACUCUCCUCUAAACUUUCUGAAGCUCCUUACAAUUACAGUCUGACCAUAGUCGGUAUUUGUUAUCUUCCUGCAGGUAUUUCAGGUUUCAUAGGUUCUUUCAUCACAGGCAGAGUUAUCGACAUAUACUACAAACGUGCGAUCAGGAGAUUUAAAGAAAAGAAGGAACAAGGAUUAAUUUCACCAGAUGCCAAAUUUAAUACUUUGAGAUCAAGAUUAUACACAUCGAUUCCACAAAACUUCUUGGCCGUGGUCGCAUUCACGUUAUUUGGUUGGAGCGUGGAUAGAGGUUGGAACAUUAGUGCGCCACUGAUCACCUCUGCUUUUGGGUCCUUCUGCGCCAUGAGCACACUGUCAUCGUCCAGUACGCUUUUGGUUGACUUGUACCCAAGUCAGUCAUCAACGGCAACAAGCUGUUACAAUUUCAUUCGGUGCUCUUUAAGUGCCAUUCUCAUGGCAUGUCUCGCCAAGAUGAAUAAAUCUUUGACCAUUGGCGGCACUUUCACUCUUAUCAGUGGAUUUGUUUUCAUUGGCAACUUCGUUACACUCAUCCCAAUGAUGUAUGGCAUGACCUGGAGAGAGAAGAGAGCUUUGAAAGCCGAACGAGAGGCCAUGUUCAACUAG